CGAGACCGCAGAUCAGCUGUCUUCGCGCCCAACUUAUCGGGUGUGAUAUGUGAUGUGAACUCAUCGAACCUUUGAUACGUGUCUGCCUUCGGUGGCACCCAACCACGCUCUGCCCUACAGCCUGCAUGCUCUCCCGUUCGCUGCUCUGCCCAACUUAUGCGCCUUGGUGCCAUACCCAGCCUCCCUCUCCACUCUACCAUAAGACAUCGCUGGACGCCUCCGAUCGGACUUUUGCGUUGAUCUCUGGGGUUGCAAACUCAACUGCCUUAUUAAGCGUGAAAUCCCUGUGCCUUGCCUUUUUUUUCCUACCCUGGACUCUUUCGUUACUUCGAAGUAAAUCAGGGUCUUCAACCCUUACACCGCUACCCGUCGAUCUCUCAUGAGUGAUAUUCUCCGAUAGUCGUCGCUACGACUCAUCACUCGCCAUGCCGUUCGGUCAAACCAUCGCCGUGAUUGACAAGUCCGGUAAGAUGGUGAGCACGAGUAAGCAAUUGUUCGGAGUCUUCAACCAUGCCAAGGAUGCCUACCGCGAGCGAAAGUCGGCAUAUCAAUCAGAGCGAAAUGCCAAAAUCGCCGAACAGCAGCUCCUUGAACAGCUAGAGCGCUAUCAGAUUGAUGAUGCGCCGUCUGCCGCGGGUUCGCGCCGGAGCCGUGGCACCAGAUCAAGACAUCACAGCGGUCGUAGCCGCGCUCCAUCCCAAUAUGGUGAUGGACGGACGGUCGUGUCUCGUCGGGACUCUCAAUAUGGACCCCCACAGACAAUCGCUCGUCGUCAUACCCAUCACGACGUCACGGUGCGGGACGCUCCGCGUCCGUCAACGGCUCGGUCCAGAUCUGAUGCGCAUAUCGACAUGGAUCUUGCAUACGGGGAUGCUUCUCCUGCAGCAUUAUCCCGAUACACCCCCCAGGAACCAAACAAUGACCAAAAGGAGCUGGAUGGACUCGUUCAUCGUGCUCAGUGGCUCCUAGAGGAGGCACACUGUGUGCAACACGGUGCUACUGCUACUAUUGCCCACCUUCAGAAGAACCCAGAUGCCAUGGCUGCAGUCGCCCUGACUCUAGCCGAGAUCAGUAACAUCGCCCGCAAGAUGGCGCCCACCGCACUGACCGCCCUCAAGUCAGCCUCCCCUGCUGUCUUCGCCCUCCUUUCCAGUCCGCAGUUCCUCAUCGCCGCUGGAGUCGGUCUGGGUGUGACUGUCGUCAUGUUCGGUGGAUACAGGAUCAUCAAGAGGAUCCAGGGCAAUGACACCGAAGCUCCAAACCCGCAACAGCCUCAACCCGAAAUGGAAAUGGAAGAUAUGAUGGAGCUCAACGCCGAAGCACUCAGCUCCGUUGAUAUGUGGAGACGCGGUGUCGCAGACGUGCAGGCCGAGAGCCUGGGAACCUCUGUCGACGGUGAAUUCAUCACACCAACUGCCGCAGCCAUGUCCGGCAUUGACGUAACCACCGCGCGAGCACGCCGCGACCCUCGCUUCAAAUUCGAAGACGAUGGCUCAGUCGCCUCGUCCCGUCGCUCUCGUCGUUCCCGAUCAUCUCGCGCUCCAACCCAUACCCCUUCAGAGCGGCACAGUGAGCGCCGCUCCAGGGCUCCUCCGUCUGAGGCUCCCACGGGAUUCUUUUCCCGACCUUCCAGAUCCAAGGCUCCAUCCAAAGCCCCAACAAAGGCCCCAACCAAGGCUUCCAGCCAAAACCCCCGUCGCGCAUCAUCAAAAGCUGGCACUUACAUCUCCGAAAGCGAGAAACCUCCCAAGUCCAAAGAGAAGAAGAAGGGCCCCAGCCGCUUACGACUCAUGUUUACGUCCUAA